UUUCAGUCAAAAAAAAAUCACAGAAAAAUGCCAUCAAAAUAUACUAGACAUCAACACAGAAAUUCAAUUGACAACAAUAACAAUAAUAAUUUUUUCUCUUCACUAAUAGAAAAUUAUGAGGACACAAAUGAUAUAUUAGGAACUAAUGGAAUGGUUAUUUAUGAUCCUCAUUCUAACAAUCAUAAUUCACAAUAUUUAUUAGAGGACAUGAAUGACUCAGAAACAAUAGAAAAUUAUGAAGAUUUCUUAUCCCAACUAUCUUCUACUAUGAUCCCAACAACAACAACAUCCUCCUCUUCCUCAGCAAUAUUCACUUCAACAUUAGCAACCCCAUUAAUUUCAGAAACAGCACAAAUACCAUCACCAUCUCCCAAAUUAAAUAUUAAUAUUGUUGCCUAUUGUUAUAUAAUGCCGACAAUUUGUGUGCUAGGAAUUAUUGGGAAUUCGAUGAAUGUGGUGACACUAGCUAGUCCAAGAUUGAAAGCUGUUUCUUAUAUGUAA